GGAAUGAAUACAAAACAUCUGACUAUAACGAACUACAACGAUUCUGAGGGAGAAUAUUAUCACAAUUGCUUGUAGUCGCGUCUUGUAACAACAGCACAAAAUGGACCGACAAAACUCACAACAUCAACCAAGCUCUCGGAAAGACAACGAGUACGUUCGGCAUUUGAACUUGACGGAGUCGUCUGUGGUAGAGGAGGACCCGCAAUUGCAAGCGAAAAGCCAUGAAAACGAGCAACACGAACGUGUCCUGGACGACUCGUUAAUGCAGAACAAGCAAGUGCUUGACGAGGAAUUCGCCCGCUUAACACCCGAGACAACCAAUGAGAGUCUCAAGUGGAAGAAGGAAUGAGCCGGACACUACGUUUACCGCUUGACCAGUCCCCAGUCUGACCCUCGCGGCGUCAGUGCGACGCGAGACUCCUUUUAAUGAAUGUAUUUAAUGAAUGUGUGUACUUUAAGAA